GUCGAACACAUAGAAAGUUUUGUUGUAAUGUGGAUAGGUACUGUUGUCAGAUUAAAGCGUUGUAUCAACAUUGAUGGAUUUGACAAGACUUACCUGUUUCUAAUUCAGGUUUAUUUAGGAACCGAGUAAUUACCGAAACAAUAUGUGGAGGACCACUGCAUUAUCAAGCCGGAUUCACGUGUAGGGAUUUCUUAUUUUCACUCAGUGAACAAUACAUAUGGAUAGAAGGAUCGUAAAAUUUUCAUUCAAAAGAUGAAAGUGUGGAGCGAUUUAUGAAAAUGACUUUUGUACAGUGGGCCUGAAAAGGAGAAAUCAAAAUGCAGCAUGAACUUUGUGUAUUUUGUCUUUGGUGAGAAUUAGCACCCAAAGAUGGACACGUCUUUGAAUUCACAACCACGUUUGUUACAUUAUGAACAUUAUCGGACAAAAUGAGUUUAAACUUUCUCAUUUCACUUGGAAUAUUGGCUUCCAUUUCUACGGUGAAAGGGCAGCUGCAUUACAAACUUCCGGAAGAGAAACCACCGGAUUUCUACCUCGGCAAUGUCGCCAACGACACGAAUCUCUGGGACGCCAUUAACGACGAAACAAUAAAACGGAGCAUGCGAUUCAGUUUUCUAUCACAUGGAAACCAAUAUUCGGCUUAUUUCCGGAUUUCAUCAACAUCCAGUGAUUUAUUCACGGCCUCCAAACUGGAUCGCGAAUCAUUAGAGCAAUGUGAAUACGCCGAUUCGUGUGUCUUGCCAUUAGAAAUCAUUGCUCAGUCUAGUGUCGGGACCUUUUUCAGAAAAAUCACUGUAUAUGUCGAUAUUCAAGAUAUAAAUGAUAACCCUCCCAAAUUUAUUUCAAGCACAAGAACUAUUGCUGUCUCAGAAGCAUCCGAUAAAGAUACGUCAUUUCCGCUAGAUGGAGCCGUUGAUAAUGACCUCGGUAUGAAUUCCAUUCAGAAGUAUUAUUUGAUUCCAGACGACACGCCAUUCAGCAUUAAAUUUACCAAAAUCGCGUAUGGCCGAUCGACACUUGCUUUAAUUCUCAAUGGAUCGCUGGACCGAGAAUCGGUGACAUUUUACACCAUUCUGAUUCAAGCGGUAGAUGGGGGUUCCCCCAAACUGACAGGUACACAGACUCUGUAUGUGAACGUAACUGACGCCAACGAUAACAGACCAAAGUUCAGUCAACCAAUGUACAACGUGACGGUGGACGAGGACGCGCCCCCAGGGUCUACCAUCAUUAAGCUCUCGGCCACUGACGACGAUAUCGGACCAAAUGGACAAGUCACCUAUAAACUAAGUCCUUAUCAAUCAGAGGACAUCUUUAAAAAAUUCCAGAUAGAUCCUGUAAAUGGAUAUCUAACCUUAAUCAAAUCUCUUAAGUAUGAACCUGAUGAAGUGUUUAGAAUCAUAGUUGAUGCCACUGACAUGGCUCAACAACCCUUGUUAACCCAAACAACAGUUAAUGUCAAGGUCAACGAUGCUAGAAAUAACCCUCCCCAAAUCAACAUUAACUUAUUUUCAUCACCAACAUCUGCUAAAAUUUUAGAGUCCACAACCAAAGGUGUCGCCGUGGCUCACGUUGCAGUCGUCGAUGAUGAUACUGGUAUGAAUGGGAUAGUUAAUUGUUCGAUUGAGAUACCCGAGUUUGAGCUCCAGAAACUUGCCACCAAUGAAUACAAAGUGAACUUAGCAAAGCCACUAAAUCGUGAGGCUCAAGAUAGAUACGAGGUAGAAGUUGUGUGCACAGACGCAGGAACCCCGUCUCUGAAUUCAUCUUCAUCUUUUGUUGUUGAUGUCCUGGAUGUUAACGAUAAUGCACCCCAGUUUAGUGAAACUAUUUAUAGAAGAUCUGUUCGUGAGAAUAACCGAUUUGGUGAAAUUGUUCUUAAAGUGUCUGCAACUGAUGCAGAUAUUGGAAAUAAUUCCAAAAUAGUGUACUCACUGGAUCAAAUAGGGAUGUACGAUUUUGUGAUAGAUUCGGGGACAGGGGAGGUUUCUGCCAAUUUUAUCAUUGAUAGAGAAUCUACACAAGAAAUCAACUUUAAGGUGGUGGCGACGGACAUGGGCAAUCCACCGUUAUCAUCUGUAGCUAAUGUAAAUCUUCAAAUAUUGGACCACAAUGACCAUAAACCAGAAUUCCUUAAACCACUCUACAAAUUUACUGUGAGAGAAAAUUUACCGGGAAGGACAUUGAUUGGCCAAGUGGAGGCCACUGAUAAGGAUACGGGUUCAAAUGCAAACUUAAAGUACUCUGUAGUGACGAAUACUGGAGUACUGCCUAUUUUUGUGGCUGAGAAUGGGUAUAUUUUCUCCAAAGAACCUUUAGACAGAGAGGCUGUUCCUCAUGGAUUUCAUUUUCAAGUCAUUGUGACGGACGGAGGGGAACCAGUUUCUUGGAAUUCCACCUGCUUUGUGACAGUGUUUGUUGAGGAUGUUAACGAUAAUGGCCCGGAUAUAUUGUUUCCCAAUAAUGUUAAUUAUACAAUAUCUUUUCUUUACGAUAUCCCGAUAAAUAGCGUUAUUGGAAGGAUCCGCGCUUUGGAUAUUGAUUAUGGCCAAAAUUCUGCGCUAAGUUAUUCAUUUAUUGGAAGUGAUAUUUUUAGUGUUCAUGCCGACAAAGGCGAUAUUUAUGUGACAAGGCAACUUUCGCCACAGGACAUCGAUCGAUACACCCUAACGGUAAUUGUAGAAGAUCAAGGCACCCCGAAGAGAAGCAAAAACCAAACACUUGUAAUCAUUGUGACUUCUCACUUGGGUCUCGCCUCUCCUCGCGAGAAGCCGUCCAGCGACACCUAUAUGCUGAUUGCGGUUGUGAUUUCUUGUGUAACAGUGGUUCUCGGGGGCUUCAUUAUUCUCGUAAUUUUCCUAAUUAGAAGACACGAUAGAAAUAAACACAGUUCUGUCCAGAACACUCCUAAAACUCUCCACAAUGAUAUUAAAAUGUAUGAUGUCAUAGAUAGGUCAGCUAGGACGAUGUGUCCCCGGGUGGUGCCUAGUGAGGAUGGGCGGGGUAGUGCUUCAAUUGAUUUGUCUGUCGAUACCUCACAGGACCAACUCCUCGGGGAAAGAAACUCAAUACAAUCAAACCAAAGCGAAGAAGAGAUAGAGAAGAUUCUAGAGAGAAUAACUCCUGUUCCCUCAAACUACACCAGAUCCUCCCGAAGUUCCUCUGUCGCCAGUCAACCUCAAUUCGCUCAAAUUCGUUCAUCAAUUGCAUCCAAGAGUCCAUCUAUAACCAGCAUGCAUCGCGGCUCAUCCUCUCGCUCUAGUCACGGUCACAUGACCAAGGAUCCUAAUUUAUUACUCCGCCCUGAUAUAUGCAACAUAUCACAACCUAAAUCGGUUUCACAGAACCCUCAGAAGGUAUGUGAUGAUGACAGUGAAACUUCAGUGGAAUCCAACACAUCAGACAGUGGGAGAGGCGGGAGCGAGAGUGACGUUCAAACUGGCCCCAGUACCAUUCAUAAGCACAGAGAACUGGGUUCCACGAGGUCGUUGAAAAUUGUAUACCAAUCGGAUACGAAUCACCGAUUAAAGCGCCACCUCAGUGAGCAGACGAUUCCCAUUCAUGACAUUCAUUCUGGUCCGCUGGCUGCCAGCGAAGACCAAGAGUAUAUCAUUAUAAAAAAUCCACACUAUUGUCCUAGACCUCAAAAUAAUAGCAGCAUAAGAGACAAUGAUAAUCAAUCGCAUGACCGGAAGUUCAAACAAAAACCGUCGGUCCAUUGGAACCCAGUUACACGCGUACUUCAAGGUAGUGUGGCGACAAUUGACGAGCGUGAUGACGUCAGUUCUACAACGUCAGGAAGUUACACGGUGGAGCUGGAGGAUAUGACGUCAAGAGAAUAUGCACAUACACAAGUUUGACCAAUAAUGGUCAACAUUCAUAAUGUUCGUCUCAAGCAAAAGUUACCAUGAAGAAAAUACUCCCUGUGUGUGUUGUGUGUGUUGGUGUGUUGUGAGUGGGUAAAUUCUGUAAGUGUGAUUUGAAUGUAUACUACAGUGAUACUAAAUCAUUCUUUUGAGGAUCCAGCGAAUGUUCAUCUUCUGAAUGAUAUAAGUAUAAGAACAAUAUGUUGUCUUCCCAAUUCUUCAUUCCCCAAGUGCCAAAUCUUUUAUAUUAGUUCCAUAACCAACUGUUCCGAAUCGAAACAGUUAUUUUAAAACUGUAUACUACACAAGUAUUUUGUUAAUGUAUGUAUAUCUCAGUAAAUGAAAAAUAAAAAUUGAUAUUUAUUGAA